GCGAGGAUGAUGCCAGCCACAGAUAGAUGGGUUGGCGAGGGAGGGAAAGAGCCUGCACGGGGACACAACUAGGGAGAAGAGGAGGCGGCUGAAGGUGAGAGUAAAACUGAGAGAGUUGCGGAACAAAGAACAAAUAAAGCGGAAAGGGGGACGGGAAAUAGACGGACACCCCCUGCUGGCCGGUUCCUCUCUGCCCGUACUGAUGUCCGAGGCCCGUCCGGUGCCAUCUGAAGACAGUCGACCGAGGCGGAGCGCACAGGAGCGGCCACUGGAGUGGAACGCUUCGGGGGACGGACGCCGCUGGAGCCCUUGCCCGUGACUGAGACUCUACACAAGGACAUUGCAGCACAUUCUUAUUACUAUUAUAGCGAAAGGCCAAGGCCGUGUCCUUUGAUAGAACGGUGACCUGUUUUGUUGUCCAGUGAUGGAUUCCCCCACAGAUCAUUUCCGUGACUCUGCUCCCCAGAUACAUGCAUUUGCUCCCACUCUCAGCUCUACAGAUCUCCCUGGAGUUCAUUCUCAGCCCAGUGCAGGUCGCCCUCCUCCUGCCUUUAGAUCUCCUGGCUUUCCCCUUAUCCAUCACCUCCUCCAGGGAGGUGGAGCAUCCAGGAGGAUUGGCGGGCAACACAACACAAACCUGAGCACACACAGGAACCUGGAAGAUGGAAAUUUGGAGGAAGAUGGAGGAGUGAGGGAUGGACAGGUGGAGCAAGGGAUGGAAGGAGGGGAGGAGGGAAUCCUUGAGCGAGAGGACAGCUUGUUGGAAGUUAAGAAGAGGCACAGUGAUGCUGCCCUUGCAGCAGAGUGGAGUCAAGACGUCUUGAAAUUGAAGAGGAUGAAGCUGGAGAGCAGACAAAGAGAUGGAGAGGCCGAUGAGGGAGGUAGGAGGCGUGAGGGAGGGAGGGAGGGUAAGAGACGAGAGAAGGAAGAGCUGAAAGAGCAGCUGGAGGAGGCAAGAGAGAGACUGCAGGCCCUGCAGGAGAAAGUAUGGAGGGCUUUUGGGGAAAAGCACAUGGUAGACGAGGAGAAGAAAAGGAAGUGCAGAAAUGGAAACGGAGAAGUAGCAGAUGGGGGAGACGGAGAUGUGGGGAUGAUAGAAGAGGAGGACAUUACAGAAGGCAUGUAUGAUGAAGAGGACAUUGAUGGUGGAGAGAUGGAAAAGGAAGCCUUUUCCCUUCUUUCAGCUUCCCCUUUUGAUAACUUCCACACUCACAAGCGGAGAGAAGAGAGGCCAAAAGAGAGAGAAGGGAGGAUGGAGGGAGGAAGAGGAGGAGGAUUGCACUUGGAGGGCAUGAUGGAGGGAGCAGGGCUGUGGUUGGAUUGUGGAGGACUGGUAAGAGGAGACUGGGAUGGAGGGAUAGAAGACGAGGGCGAGGAGGGAGGGCAGAAGUUUGCUCAGGCACUGAAGCUGGAGCUGGGCAGCGCUGUGGCCCGAGUCAUCGACCGAGUUCUCCGCCUUUACACUGAAACAACAGAUUUCACUCCUUCCUCUCCCCCUGCCGCCAUCUCUUUUCUCCCAUCUGAUGUCAGAAAUGAUGGAGGGAAGGAGAGGGGAGUGUGGAUGGGAUUAUUAACAAGAGGAAGAGGGGAGGAAAAGGUUAGAGGUAAGGAGGAAAAGAUGGGAGGGCAGGAUGGAGAAAGAGAGAAGCAGCUCCAAAAGAUGAGCAAUGGGAGCAUCAUGCAUCCGGGACAGCCACAUCGCACUGAACCAUCAGAUCUGACGAUGCCACUGGCUGUUCAAAGGUCACCUGACAUACGAAAGGCCCACCCACUCCUCGGCCCACCUCUCUCUACUCACCUAAAUCCCUCUCACCCAAACCUCUCCCUGCAUCACCCUUCUCUACCUCGCCCUCCUCCUCUUUCUCACCCUCCCCUCUUACCGCCAGCUUCACAACCCAAGGACCCCUCCUCCUCCUCUUUCCAUCCAUCUUCAUCCUCCUCUUCUUCUUCCUCCUCCUCCUUCCCCGCGCCUCCCCCUCCUCCUCCUCCCACUCUCCCUCUCCCGCUGUUGCACUACUCCAUGCAGCAGCUCUUCUCUCGCUCUCUUCACCACCCUCAGCUACCCCACCUUCCCCCAUCCCGCAAGGACUAUUUGAACAAUGACCCUUUCUUGGAGUUCUCGUCUCACCCCUCAUCUCACCCCUCCUUCCCCCCGCUCCCCUUGCUCGGUCACCUGGACCCCUCCUCCCUUGCUCGUCAUGCUCAUGGAGGCAGAGAGAGGGAGAGAGGGAUGAGAGGAGACGGAGGGAUGAGAGGAGGGGGAGGCAUGGACGGAGGAGAGCUCUACCUGACCGCUGGGGGAGUAUACACCCAGGAGGGCUUGUCUCCCUGUCACCUGAAGAAAGCCAAGCUCAUGUUCUUCUACACACGCUAUCCCAGCUCCAACACACUCAAGACGUACUUCCCUGAUGUCAAGUUUAACCGCUGUGUGACCUCCCAGAUGAUUAAAUGGUUCAGUAACUUCAGAGAGUUCUUCUACAUCCAGAUGGAGCGCUUUGCACGACAGGCUGUCCGCGAGGCUCUCACUCGGGACGGUGCACCUCGUCUGGGCCGAGAGAGUCAGCUGCGAGUGGGCCGCGAUACAGAGCUUUACCGCAUUCUUAACAUGCACUACAAUAAAAGUAACAUCUACCAGGUCCCGGAGAGGUUUAUUGAAGUGUCAGAGGUGGCUCUGAGGGAGUUUUAUUCAGCCAUUUGGACUGGGAGAGACAGCGACCCCUGCUGGAAGAAAGGGAUUUAUAAAAUUAUCUGUAAGCUUGAUAGUCCUGUGCCAGAUGCCUUCAGACUGCCUGGUUGUCCCGUCGGCUGAGGAGUGAACUGCUUUGAUCUGGUACACUUAUCCAAAUGCACAAAUGCAUGCACAAACGCAAUCUUACCGAAAGAAGGGAAUAAUAUACAAGCAUCUUUGACCUGUACCAUCUCAGACUGUGAGAAUUUGUAUGAAGAAAUCCAUUCAGAUCAGUUUUCGUAUUCAUUAUUCAUUCAUUUUGAAGGAAAAAGUUCAUUUAAGAUAAUAAAAAUGUUUUUGCUUGGAGUAGUGCGUAGGGCAAGACACAGAUAUGCAUAAAUGGACAGGCACACAGGGUCAAUGGUAGACGGACACUGGAACAAAGAGUCUUGUGACUGCACUUAUCAAAGAACGUGACCAUACCAUUGAAUUAGAAUGGACAGAACAGGAAUUCCUUCUCCAAACAUCCCUCACCAGUCAGCUGAAUUGUGAAAUCUCAGUGCUGCUCCACUGGCUCCAUAAAACUAUUGUGAAAAUAAGGAUUGCUGCAACCGCAGAGACGGAAUGGACAGAGAGGUUUUCAUAACAAUGUCGUGGAAAUAUGCAUAGUCACUGUACAUGUUGUGCCACCAUGAGGUGGCAACAGUUUUCAGAUGUGUUGUUCACGUUUGUGAGCCAUGCUUUGGCUUCACAUUAUUAUCACACAUGAAAAUAUGAUAUGCAUUCCCCGGCAACCUCUUGUAAAUUACUGUAAUUCCUGAAAAAUGCCCUUUUAUGCAUCCAUUAAGUAAUCAAAUAGACUGCUGACAACUGUUUACCAAACAGGGGUGCUACACGAAUACGUGAUUCAAAGACUUUCGGACAAAGAGUCCGCAACCUGAGGACAUAACAAGUUUCUCAGAUUAGGUGAUUGGUUCCAUUUCCCUCAUCAUCCCUUUCCCUUGGAGCAGAGUGCAGUGUUCAUACUCUGAAAAUUCUAAUAUUUUUUUAAGAGAAAGCAGUACCAUUUUGGUGCGAAAUCACAACACAAACAGUACGUAACAAUCGCACCUAACAUUUCAGUGCUACUCUCCCUCAGGGGUGUUCACAGUUUUACAUUACAGACUUGUCAAAACAUCGAAUAUGAUUGUUGUUUGCUAGAAGUGAACUCCUUUUGUUGCCUUGUAGGCAUGCUUCUCUGGAGUGUCUGAACUACCAUUUUCAUUCAGUGUGCCGCACAGCUCCUACAUUUUAGAUAGAUAUUUUUACAAGGCUGUGAGGAUGCUUUCCCCUUCUUCGUCUCCGACGACAUGAGGCUGUUGUGUUUGCAGACAUCUGAUGUAGAUUCUUGUAUCCAUUUCAGAAAUCGGGCUUGAAAAUCUUCAAAGAAAACAUUAGGACUUAUAGGGAUUAAUGUUACAUAAUAUAUUGGUUAAUUUGGUCAAUUGUAAGUUUAUAAUAAAUGAAGUUACCCUUGUUUCAUAGAACUAUCAGGUCAGUGGUUUCAGUCAGUGGAUUUCCUUUGCUUGUGUAUCAAUCUCUCAUUUUAAUAUUACAUUAUUAUAAAGCUUUUGUACAUGAUGACACAGUGUAAUCAAAUUGUAAUGAAAAUUCUCUCAAGAGGGACAGUAUAUUGAAUUUAAAAUAGUCAAAUUAAUUAAUGUUUUGUUGUUUCCUUGAUGUACUCCUAUUGUUGAAAUACUUAUGUUUUUGUAUUCCUUUCAUGUGAUACUAAACUAAAUAGGCCGGCUUCACAAUUAGUAUACAGUAUAUCGACAUUUGUUUCCACAAGGUAUUGAGGAAACGUUCACUCUAUCUACCGUACAUCAUGACUCUUUUAUCUUGAAGACAAAUGAGUUUCUGUUCAUGAAAAUGUUGGUUGACUGCUCCAGAUACAGGCCUCCUCUUGCUUAAUCACGGCUCUGUGAAACCAAGCUCACAUGUAAACUAUUUGUGAUGUGUUUUCAAGUGCAUGUUUCCUAUAUUUCAAUUUUGCAUUGUAAUCUCGUAUCUUUCUCUCAUUGAUUUUAUUGCUCGCUCUUUUAUAUUGUACAUACUGUAUUCUUUAAUGUAUAUCUGUGCCUCAUUCAAACUUUGGUGAAUUUGGAUGUUUAAACUUAUCAGUGAAUUAAAGUG